CUACAUAAAACAGUAAGCUUCAAUGAACAAUAUCAAUUGAGAACAUACAGUUUACGUUGCUAAGAGUGGUUGCUAAGGGUGUUGUGUAGUGAUACACAGAACCGUUGGGUGAAGCGGUCAUAGCCGUGUUUUAUCGUGAAUAAAACACAGCUAUUGACCAAUCAGAAUCAAGGACAGGAACUAACCGUUUAAUAAAUGGUUAACGUUACAUGGAAACACCUUCGAGAAUGUAUAUAAGCAGUAGGCUUUUUUAGAAAGGAAAAUUUAAAAGAUAAAAAGCAGUGGUAUAGGGAGAAUCAAUGAAUUAUGAAUAAUUUACUGCCAUUGUGAGAAUAACAUGUAAUCAAUCAACAACAGAUUGAACGGAAGCAAACAAAUAACAAGUGAGAUUUAAGUGUACAAAGUCAAGUCGAAAAUGAGUCUAAAGUGGACAUUAGGUGAAACAUAAUUUGUCCUGCUUCAAAAACAGAGAUAAAGCAAACAAAAGGGCAUGAGUUAUUUUAUUCAACCUGCUCGGUCUGAAACAGACCUUUCUCAUAGUCAUAGCUUUGAUAUACUGUGUUGUGCCGCAGCUCAAACUAUUUUUAACAGCACAGUUAGAGUAUUUCAUGAAUUUAUUCAGGUUCUUUAUUGUCAUUGUUAUAAAUAACAACGAGAUAACAUCAGAGAAUCCUGUAAAAGUGCAAUAAAAGUCCAUAAAGUGCAAUCCGUUUGAUGACACAAAUAGCCUGUAUGAAGUGUCAUUUCAAAUUAUACAGUUUAUACUUUGUAUAAAGUAUAGCCAGUUCAUAACUACAUGACCUCAUAAAAACUAUUACACUUCGUACUCUGUCGAUCUAUCUUUCUGUCUGUCUCCCUUUGCAGCUACAGGAUGGCUCUGUAGAGGGCGCUGUUUAUAUACUCAACUUCCGAAGUGAGAGGAAGUUCUUCUGGUGUUCUAUGGUGUCUGUGCAUCCUUAGUGUCCAUCACGAUCAAAACACUGUACCAUCUGCGCUGAGUGCCUGCGCUCUUCAGCAUGAGCCGAAAAAGAAACCACUGCUAUAUGGAAACAGGACCGUCUUCUGAGUCCCAGGGCGCGUUUAUGGACAACACGGGCUCCUUCAGCCGAGACGAGGAGGAUUUCUCCGAGCUCGAGCCCGACGAGCAGCUGGUGUGCUCGGUGACCGAGAUCACGGAGCACCUGGGCAGAAACAUCACGGUGGUGCUGGAGUCCGCGCUGUCCGAGAUACGCAAGCUGGUCGGCGUCCGGAUCAGAGUCCUGAAGAUGGAGCUCCGCGAGAAAACCGACGAGAUCGAGCUGCUUAAGGCCAAGCUGGAGUCGACGGAGAAAGACGGGAGGGUUUCUAACUCCAGCACCCUGGACGUCAGGAAAUCAGAGCAUCAAACGGGCCAGAAAUACAACGUCGACCCGAAGAAAACCAAACCCGGGACGCCCGUGGUCAAGAAGGAGAACAUCAAUGCCAUCUGCGACUAUCUGAUGAAGGAUAAGAACCAGCGGGGUGCUGCUGAAGUGGAGAGCGACCACAGCAGUCAGGCCUUUGGGUCCGAACGGGACAUGCGGACCGAACCGCAGCCGCACGCGUCUCUGAGCCUGUGGACGGACAGCGGUUCCGCGGACACUGACGCAGACACGGACAUCUUCAACAUGCUGCCGUCCGCCAGCAAGCGCAUGUAUGACUAUGAGUGGAUGGCAGGGGUCGAACUGAACUCAGAGUUUAAAGGUGAUGCUGAAACAAAAUGUGAAGAUGUUCCUCCUGUGGAUGAGGAUGAAGAAAAUGAAGACUCUGAAGGAGGAAGAGGAAGUCUGAGGUCGGUGUCUGACCAUUUUCCUCUGGACACUCAGGGCUCCCCGCGAGAAGACAGGAGCAGCCCAGCGGAGGACAGUAUGGACCGAAUCGAGCCAGGUCAGCAGUUCUCCUCUCAAACCUUCAUUUGCCCCUUCUGUGGAACUCUUUGCCCUGACUCCUCUUUCCUGGAGGAACACGUCAAGCUCAUGCAUCACGACGAGAGCGCUCUGCAGUCGCCGCCGGGCAGUUCUUCCUCUCGCGGGGAGGGCGACUCGGGCGAGGCGGGGCGAGCUCUGGGAGGCCCAGAAGGACCUGUUGGCAGGGGUGCACGGGAGAGGAAAGUAGAGGGCGGCUAUGAGUGUGGCGACUGUGGGCGUCAUUUCAACUAUCUGGGCAACUUGCGGCAACACCAGCGCAUCCACACCGGUGAGAAGCCCUUCGUUUGCCCUGAGUGCGGAGAGCGUUUCCGCCACGCCGCACGUCUCAAGAGCCACCGCCUUAGCCACAGCGGAGCCCAGAGCCCCUUCCCCUGUCCGCAGUGCGGUAAGGGCUUCCCAGUGCUGUCCGGACUGAAGCGCCACCAGCGUGUGCACACGGGAGAGAGCCCGUACGCCUGUCCUCAGUGCGGCCGCAGAUUCAAAGAGCUGGGCAAUUUAUACACACACAUGCGCAUUCACAGCGGCGCGACGCCCUACUCUUGCUACCAGUGUGGGCGGAGCUUCAGGCAUCUGGGCACAUACAAGAGUCAUCGCUGUAUGCCGGCUACCCAGUUACCCAGCGGACACAGUCCAGCAUGGCCGCAGGAAGACAAGGUGCAAACUGGGUGAUAGCCAGGUGACAGAUAUGUUCAAAAAGUGGUUCAUUACUUCCUCGACUGCUGGUUCAGGAUCAAUUUUAAAGUCAGAUUGGUCAAAGAAAGAUGUGAGAAAAGUCACUAUGACAGUAAAAAAAAAACAAAAAACAUCAGGUUUCAUCAUGAACAAGAAGCUGACUGAAUUAGCUUGUUUUUCCUCAUUUAAGUUUGUUAACGUCAUAUUUAACAGUAAAUUGCUGCUCGUUAAAUGUUCAUUUUUGAAACAUUUUGCAAUAGUAUCUUCCAACUUCCAUACACGACAUUUCAAAACUUCAUCUUUUUAUUCAGACUUUUUGUAAAAAGUGUUUCAGAAUUCCUUACUCUGUUUAGAACUAGAUAGCAGGUCCGCAAGGUCAGAUUAACUGCCUUUCAAAAACUAAUUUAACAGUAUUUUAAGUUAAUUUAAAUAAUGAUACAUUUAUAAUGAUUCAGCAUGACAUGACCUCUUCCACCCUUUACAAAAAGUACCAUGGUAUCAGAUUGUAAUACAAUGUUACUUGGAUAUAUACACAUUGUAUUGAAUAGUUUUCAUAUUCAUGUAAUAUGUACACUGUUGUUCAAAAGUUUGGGGUCGGUAAGAUUUUUAAAAUGUUUUGAAAAACUUGUGCUCACCAAGACUACAUUUAUUUGAUAAUAAAUACAGUAAAGAUAUAAUAAUGUUGUGAAAUAUUGUUACAAAUUAAAAUAUCUUUUCGGUUUUAUUAUAUUUGAAUGUAAUUUAGUCCUGUGGAGAGACUUUUUAUCAGUAUUCUUUGAUGAAUAGAAAAAUUUAUCUCAGCAUUUAUUUGAAAUAGAAGUAACAAUACUGUGACUUUUGGUCAACUUAAAGGUACAGUAUGUUACCUUUUUUUUUUUCUUUUUUUUUUUUUUGUUCAGAAUUGAUAUAACAUUUGGUCUUAUUCUGAAUCACUACGGUACGCUUAUAAGAAGUGUUUAUAUUCGGACUAUUUUAGACCAGGCGAAACCUCAACCGCUGCGGAGGAGUAGCCCAGUACCUGCGUGACUCGUCAUACAUAAACAGAAGUACCCGCGGCUACAAUGUUCUUCCGCAAGACUCAUGAAGUUUUGCGGAAGAAAUUAAUUCCUUUUUAAAAACAACUUUUGAACACUAGUGUACAAAGAAUACCAUGGUGAUGCAAAUCCAAUCAUUAGUAUCCAAUAAUCAAGUUAUAAUGUAUAAGAAAUGUAAAAGAUAAUCUGCAACGUACUAAUUACUAUUAGGGUUGACCAGCAUACAACUGAUGUAACAUAUUUUUUAAUACAACUGAAAGUUGUUUCAUUAACUCAUGUUAUUAAAAAUCAGGUAGUUAACAGUGUCAUUUUGAAAAGAUAUUAUAGUCUCGAGCACUUUUAAAGAGGUGCCGUUUUGAGUGGUGCCAUCGUGUGGAUGGCUUAUGUUACUGCAUCGGUAUCACCUGGGCAGUCUGUACCUGUAUCGAAUUUCAAUUUGUUCCAAUUAUGUGAUCUCACUAUUAACGCGUUUUUUAUUUAUAUUAGUGAAUUUGUUUAUAUAUGUCUACCUGUAUUUUAACAACUUAUACGUUUGGGAAAAUAUACCUGAAUGGAAAAAUAUGGCUUUAGAAAAAUUCUAAAGCCUGUUAUUCUGAAAUUAACUUGGACACACAUAAUGAUGGAAAUGACUGAAUGAAGUACACCAAGUGUUGGAAAUGCUAGCAAUGCAUCAGAUGGAUCUUUGGAUGCGAGAUUUUUUCCCCCCAUAGUGCUGAUCUCAAGAUAUCCUGAAUGUUACACAUUAAAUAGCACAAAACGGUACAAUUUGUCAUUUGAAUGAUCUGUACAAAGCAACCUGAACUUUAACUAAUAAAUACUCUUAAACUAUGGUUCUAGUUGUUUAUGUAUUUAUAAGCGGUUGUUGACAUCAUGACAUGUUAUCAAAGCACAUUAAAAUAACACUUGUGUAUGAA